AUGGAUAAGCCCGUGGUGCCGGGGCGCAGCGGCAAGGCAGCUGGCUUUCUCAGAAGCAUGCUUUUGCUGUGCUGCCUGCCUCUUCAGAUCCCAGCCUUGUGGUGGUACCUUUUUCUCUCCGUGGAUGCCCAGGAGGUGGCCACAUUCACAGUGCAAUACAAAGUGUUUGAAGAAGUACCGAAUGGAACGGUAAUUGGGAAGUUAUCGGAGCAUUUUGAUGGGGGUGAGGGAAGUACAGCUGUGGAGACCUUCCAACUGAUGCAGCUCCCAAGGAGGUUCCCACUCUGGGUGGGAAGUGAGGACGGCUUGCUGAGCACUGCCGGCCGGGUGGACAGGGAACAGCUCUGCAGGCAUAUUGAUCCAUGCUUGGUCUCUUUUGAUGUGCUGACGGCCCAAAAUUUGGCCCUGAUCCAUGUGGAGAUUGAAGUUUUAGAUAUCAAUGAUAAUGGGCCUCAAUUUCCAACGCCYGAACUGGAGCUGGAGAUUUCGGAGAGCGCAUCUUUACAGACACGGAUCCCGUUGGACCGAGCCUUGGAUGCGGAUACUGGCCACAAUGCGCUAUGCUCCUACUCGCUGUCUCCCAGUGAACACUUUGCUCUGGAGGUCGUCUCGGACUCUGAUGGAACAAAACAUGCGGAGCUUGUUGUUGUUAAAGAAGUAGACCGAGAGCUGCACUCUUCUUUCGAUCUAAUAUUGAUAGCUGUGGAUCAUGGGGAGCCUCCAAAAUCAGGUACUGCUCUAAUUAAGGUCAUAGUUCUUGACUCCAACGAUAACAGCCCUGUCUUUGCAGAGAGCUCUCUGACAGUAGAGAUUUGGGAAGAUGCUGUGCCUGGGACUCUCCUCAUAACAGUCACAGCCACCGACCCUGACCAGGGUCCCAAUGGAGAAAUAGAGUAUUGCCUCAGCAAACAUGCUCCCCCGGAGGUGCUGAGCACCUUCAGCAUCGAUGCCCGGACGGGCAGCGUUGUCCUGAAGCACCCGCUGGACUAUGAGGAAAUCCACACCUAUGAGCUGGAUGUGCAGGCCAGAGACCUGGGCGCCAACCCCAUCCCAGCGCACUGCAAGAUCCUUGUCAAAGUGCUGGACGUCAACGACAACGCCCCCGAUGUUCACAUCACCUGGGCUGCCCGAGUGCCAGUGCUCUCCGAGGCCCUUCCCAAAGACAGCUUUGUGGCCCUGGUGACUGCUACUGACCCUGAUUCAGGAAACAACGGACAAGUGCAUUGCUCUCUCAGUCAAGGAAAUGARCACUUCAGGCUGAAGAGGACCACCAGCCACAGCUACGUGCUGAUGACCAACGCCACCCUGGACAGGGAGCUCUGUGCUGAAUACAACCUGACCUUGCUGGUGCGAGACCAGGGCAAUCUCUCCUUAGCUGUGCUCAAGUACCUUACUAUUUGCAUCAGUGAUGUUAACGACAAUGCCCCCAAAUUUGAAAAGGGGAUCUACGAUACUGCYAUUGCUGAGAACAGCCGGACACCAUCCUACUUGGUUACCGUCAGUGCCAACGACCCUGACUUAGAUUUCAAUGGAAAAAUCACCUACAGCAUCCAGGACUCCUUUGUUUCAGGACUGCUCUCUAUUGACCCCAGCACUGGGGAUAUUUUUGCCCUUCAGGCUUUUGAUCGUGAGCAAAUGAGCAGCCUGGACUUUGUGGUGACAGCGGAAGACGGYGGCCACCCCCGGCUCAUGUCAAACACCUCGGUGCGGCUGGCCGUGCUGGAYGAGAAUGACAACGCGCCCGUCAUCACAGAGCCGGCGCUGGCGGGAGGCGCCGCCGUGAUCUCCGUGCUCGUCAGCCUGCAGACCGGGUGCUUCUGCACCGCGCCCGGCAACUGGAGCGCCCCGGGGGCCGCGCCGGCCAACGAGACGCGCGUGUCCUGCUCCGACGCGCCCUUGCUCUUCACCGUCGCGGCCAGCGACCCGGACUCUGGCCGCAACGGGGCCCUCAGCUUUGCCAUCGUGGCGGGGAACGAUGCCAGGCUCUUUGUCCUGGAUCCGCUCUCGGGGCAGGUCUUCCUCAACUCCAGCAACGCCAGUAGCCUGGCGGGCAGUGAGAGGGAGCUGGCRAUACGGGUGAGUGACGGAGGAGACGUGCCCCUGCACGCCCAGGCCCRCGUGCGGCUGCUUUUCACAAGUCAYGGUGCUCUCUCCAAAACAUCGGCCCAGGAGUCGCAGCAGCUGAGCCUGCCCGUGGUCACUGUCAUCUGCCUGGCCGCUCUCUUGGGCAUGUUCCUUCUUGUCCUGGUUUUAAUCGUGUCUUUGUGCAAAAGGGAGAAGAAGGACAGCAUGGCCUACAACUGCAGGGAGGCGGAGGAUGCCUACAGGCAGCAGCAGCUCAAGAAGCCGCACAGGCAGAUCCAGAAAACAGACAUACACCUAGUCCCGGUGCUGAGGAGCAGGCCGGACGGGCCCAGGGAGGCCGAGCCCCCGCGGCCCUGCAAGGAGGCUCUGCCGAGUGAGGGUGCCGAGUGUGACAGUGCCUUGCAGGCUCCCUUCCACCUGACGCCCACUCUCUACCGGACCCUGAGAAACCAGAGGAACCAGAGAGACUCGGAGGAGCAGCAGGAGGCUUUUAACCUCACCCUCAUGCAGCGCCGGCCCUGCCAGCCCCACAGGAUGAAAAAUUCAGCCAAAGAGCCCGCAAGCCCCCCAGAGGCGCUGCCUCAUUCGCCCGGCGAGGCCCAGCCCCACCAGCACAUCCUCAGGAGCCUAGUGCGGCUCUCGCUGGUGGCGCUUGCCGAGCAGAGCCCCACAGGAGAAUUCGCCAUGGAGUCACCCCCGGUCCAGCAAAUCUCUCAGCUGCUGUCUCUGCUGCACCAGGGCCAGUUCCAGCCCAAAACAAAUCACAGGGGAAACAAAUACACAGCCAAGAAUGGCAGCAGGGCCAUGGGUCUGGAUACCGACUGCCAGAGUACGAAGGACAGUGGCCAUGGAGAGAGCGAGGCAGAAGACCGUGACUCAGAGAACGGCUUUGAUCUUUCUGUGCAGCAGCUGGUGGGAGAAGAACUGGAGACCCUUCUGGAGCCGCAAGCGGAGCUGGCCCUCAAGAGGCUGACGGCUGUAGACCCCGAGUGGGUGGCUCGGCUCUCCUUGCCCCUCGCCAGCAGUUACAAGGACAACGUCUUCUCCCCUGAUUCUCUGCAUUCACCUCAGGACCAGGAAGCUGCAAGGCAGGAGAAACCAAGGACCUUUGAGACAUUUGGCAAAGUUACUGAGUCUGACUCGAGCGCCGCUGGGACCAGACUGGCCAGCACUUUCCUUUCAGAAAUGAGCACCCUCUUUGAAAUGAUUUUAUCCCAGAAGGUCCAAGUCCACAACAAGACGGGCUCCGGGCUCCUGCGGCAGUUGUCAGCACGUGGGAAGAACCUCGGACUGGAUGAGGGCGCUCCGGUUCUGUAGGCAGCUUG